UUACACGCUAUUAAAGUGAUAAGAAAAUGGCUAGGUGAAGAAAUGCGGGCUUGAUUGGUUAGUUCUAAUAGAUCCAAUUUUAUCAUAAAUCGCAAAUUAAAUUACAGUCAGACUUUGUAGAAAAUAGAUAUAAUAGCUUGAUAAUUCGCAUCAAAAUGAAUAUAGAGGAAGUUAUUGAUUUCACGGCCGUAGAACCAGACGUUCAAUCUCUGAUAAAGAAGACUGUGGCAGCUCGUGAGUACUCUUAUUCACCCUAUAGUAAGUUUAAAGUUGGAGCUGGAGUGCUUUGUAUCGACGGGACCAUUUUCACAGGGUGCAAUAUAGAAAAUGCAUCUUAUCCUGUAGGGAUAUGCGCCGAAAGAACAGCUAUUGUUAAAGCAGUGUCAGAAGGAAAGAGAAAGUUUAAGGUGUUGGCAGUAGUGGCUGACAAAGAGAACAAUACUUUCACCACACCGUGUGGCCUUUGUAGGCAAACUAUCGCGGAAUUUGGCGAUAUACCAAUUUAUUUAGCAGAACCUCUGAUGAAAUCUGUGUUAAGAACGUCGCUAAGUAAGUUGUUACCUUGUGCAUUUGGGUUGGGUAAUGCAGAAAUAUUGCAAUGAACUCUUAGCAGAAAGAAAAUCAUACAGACACACGCCAAUGUCUAAAACAUGAUUUACUGUUUCUUUAAAUUCAUUGUUCGUUUUUAUAUCGGUUGAUUUGCCAAGAUGUUGUUCUAUCGUAUAAUAAAAAUGUGCAAAUGUUGUUGGCUCGCAUUGUAUAAACUCAUCAAUAACAGUGUUAAUGUGUGAGCGGUACAUUUGUAACAAUUCAGAUAUAUCAGUUCCUAUACAAUAAAUACAAAGACAAUCCUUAAGAAAAAAAUAUCGUUACUAUAAUCUUAUUCCUGAGCAGAUUCUUUUUUUUUCAUGUUUACAUAAAAAUUGAUUAUCAUAUGGUUUCUGAAGCGUGUUCUUUCUAAUGUACAUUGUACUUUAUAAGCAGGAAUAACAUGAGUAUUAUAUACAAUCAAUGUAAUAAUAUAGCUUAUAUAUGUACAAUAUGCUCUAAUAGUAUGACACUACGUAUAAUUACUUCUUAACAAUAAAAAAUGCAAAUGCAAAAAACAGGAACGAGACUGCACAUGAUACACAUUAAAGUCCUCAUUUACGAAAAUUUGUUUACCAGAAGGGACACCUGUAAAUUAAAUACGAUUUCAUUAAACACGAAUAACGAAUUGUUCAUAACACAUGAUUAACAAGUAAUUAUAAAAAUUACUAAUAAGUUUGUAAUUGUAAAUAUAUUGUAAAUAAAGUAAUAAAAAAAAAGUACCAUCCAAUGUAA